CAACAAAUUACAUCUGUGCCCCUUUGUGAUUCAAAGUUUCAUUUCAUUUCAAACUUGUAUUAUUAGCUCAUAUGAUCAUAUUCCUUUAACCUUAUCAUCAUCAUCACUGUAUUUCAAACUAUGACAAUGGAGUCAUACAAAACCCUAGAAAUCAUUCGCAAGAACACUGAUUCCUCCGUAUUUCAUCUCAUCAUCAACAGACCAUCACAUCUCAACGCCUUAUCUCUCGAUUUCUUCAUCGAAUUCCCCAAAGCUCUCUCAUCUCUCGACCAAAAUCCAGAUGUCUCCGUCAUCAUCCUCUCCGGCGCCGGAAAACACUUCUGCUCCGGUAUCGAUCUCAAUUCCCUCUCUUCAAUCUCGACACAAUCCUCCUCCGGUAACGACAGAGGACGAUCUAGCGAGCAGCUACGCCGUAAGAUCAAGUCGAUGCAAGCGGCGAUUACAGCGAUUGAACAAUGCCGGAAACCUGUAAUCGCCGCUAUUCACGGCGCGUGUAUCGGUGGCGGUGUUGAUCUGAUUACCGCUUGUGAUAUUAGGUAUUGCUCUGAGGAUGCGUUUUUCUCGAUUAAAGAGGUUGAUCUAGCGAUUGUUGCGGAUCUUGGUACACUUCAGCGAUUACCGAGUAUCGUUGGGUAUGCUAACGCCAUGGAAUUGGCUUUAACUGCUCGGAGAUUCUCUGGAAGUGAAGCAAAGGAUCUUGGUUUGGUUUCUAAAGUUUUCGGAUCUAAAUCGGAGCUUGAUAAUGGCGUCACUACAAUCGCCGAAGGAAUAGGAGGCAAGUCUCCUUUAGCUGUGACAGGGACAAAGGCAGUGUUAUUAAGAAGCAGAGAGGUGAGUGUAGAACAAGGACUUGACUAUGUAGCAACUUGGAACUCGGCUAUGCUUAUAUCAGAUGAUCUCAACGAAGCUGUUUCUGCUCAGAUGAUGAAAAGAAAACCUCGGUUUGCUAAACUUUGAUACAGUCUCUCUGUUGCUUCUUUAUCUUUCAAAGCUCUUCUGGUAACUAAAGUAAUAAGAUAUUACUUCAAAUAAGUUUAGUUAUUGAUAGUUCCCUAAUUACGGAUUAGGGCUAUAGAUAAAAUGGUCUUCUACACAUGAGAAUAUGAUUAAUACUCUGCACAAUGCAUAUUGGUAAAUGCUAUACCUCAAUGUUUAUUAGUUUCUGUCUCUUCUCUCCAUUCAUUUCACAGUGUAUCUAGAAAUCAGAGUAUUUAAGGAUAUGAGCAUCGACCGGAAGAUUUCCAAGUAUCUUAUAAUCUGAUUUUCUAAUACUUUUUGUUUUCCAUUGGAUCCGUUACCAUGGAAAUCUUUGCCGUGUCGAUGCAUGUAAUCAGAAUCAUAUCCAUUACCUUAU